UGCCCUUGGUCCAGAGUCUGUGCCUUAUCUAGGUAGUCGCUGAGAACAACUGGAGGCCACACACAGCAGAAGUUCCUUGUUUUCCAGGGGCCUACAACGGCCAUUGCAACAUCUGAAGCCAUGGCCAGUGGGGAGGAUGGGCCGAGGAGCUGUAUGGUAUGUGGGGACCGAGCCACCGGUUAUCACUUCCACGCCCUGACUUGUGAGGGCUGCAAGGGCUUCUUCAGACGAACAGUCAGCAAAAACACUGGUCUCACCUGCCCCUUUGCUGGAAGCUGUAAGGUCAACAAGGCCCAGAGGCGCCACUGCCCAGCCUGCAGGUUGCAGAAGUGCCUAGAUGCUGGCAUGAAGAAGGAAAUGAUCCUGUCGGCAGAAGCCCUGGCCCAGCGGCGGGCGAAGCAGGCCCAGCGGCGGGCACAGUGGGCACCUGUGCAGCUGAGCAAGGGGCAGCAAGAGUUAGUCCAGACACUCCUGGGGGCCCACGCCCGCCACGUGGGCACCAUGUUUGACCAGUUCGUGCAGUUCAGGCCGCCGGCUCAUCUGUUCAUGCACCACCAGUGCCUGCCCAUCCCAGUCCCCCCACUGCCUCUGCUCGAGCACUUCGCAGAGGUCAACACUUUCAUGGUACAGCAAGUCAUCAAGUUCACCAAGGAUCUGCCCCUCUUCCGGUCCCUGCCCAUGGAGGACCAGAUCUCCCUUCUCAAGGGAGCAGCGGUUGAAAUCUGCCAUAUCGCACUCAAUACCACUUUCUGUCUCCAAACACGAAACUUCCUCUGUGGGCCGCUCCGCUACACGCUGGAGGACGGCGUCCACGUGGGGUUCCAGGAAGAGUUUUUAGAGUUGCUCUUUCGCUUCCAUGCCACACUGAGGCGAUUCCAGCUCCAGGAGCCCGAGUAUGUGCUCAUGGCCGCCAUGGCCCUCUUCUCUCCUGACAGGCCUGGGGUUACCCAGAAGGAGGAGAUCGAUCGUCUGCAAGAGAUGAUGGCACUGACCCUGCAGAGCUACAUCAAAGGCCAGCCGCCAAGGCAUCGGGAUCGGUUUCUGUAUGCGAAGCUGCUGGGCCUGUUGGCUGAGCUCCGGAGCAUUAACAACGCAUAUGGGUACCAAAUCCAGCACAUCCAGGGACUGUCCGCCAUGAUGCCACUGCUCCAGGAGAUCUGCAGCUGAGGCCCCAGCUUGCCUCCUUCCCCAGCCCAGCCAACUGCACACGUUGGACUGGAAAGGGGAAAAUGCUGGGGCCAGAGGUUGGAACCAGUAGAAAGGGAGCCCAGUGGUUGCAAUGAAAGACUAAA